AUGUCUGUAGUGAGGGCUGAAAUUUCCACGUGUUAUGCAUUAUCACAACGAAAUGAAUCAAUAAAUGACAACGGUUGUUCUGUAAGUUUCGAUAAAUCGCUCUGUUGGUUGAAAGCUGAUUACGGUGCAAAAGUGGAACGUUUGUGCCCGUUCACGUAUUGCCCUACAGUACCUGGAUGUGAACAAGUAGCCAAUAGUCAUAUGGUUACCCGAGUAUGUGGUGCGACUGGCGAAUGGCAUGACUCCAAUUACACCCAGUGCAUAACGGUUCUGGACGACUACCAACAUUGUAUACAAGGAUUUUGCCGUUUGUGUCCGGACCUUCUGAGGGACCUCGUCAUUUCCGUCUCUUUAACGCUGUCCAUUGUGUCCGUUGCUCUACUUGUUGCUGCUAUUCUUCUCUUCUCAAUAUUUGACUCUAUUCAAUGCCGUCGCCUGUCGAUUCACAAAAAUCUCGCUACCGCUUUCGUCUUUCGUUUUGCCGUGCUAGCCAUUUGGACUAUUGUACAGUCUACGAAUCUAUUCAACGAUUGCUCCACUUUCAAUCCUCAACCGCUGUGGAGCUGGGAGUGGAUCUGUAAAACAAUUCUUUGGUUCGUCAUCUACUUCCAGGUGGCAUCUGUGAUGUGGAUGCUGAUUGAAGGGGCCUAUUUGUAUAGUCGAUUUACUGUAUUCGCAAUGCGUCAUAAUGAUGCACCAUGGUUCCUGUACAUGUUAUGUGGCUGGGGUGUUCCUUUAAUUGUGGUGAGCUGUUGGACAGUUGUUCAUGAGUACAAGUCUAGACAGCAGGGAUCAUUUUGCUGGGUACCGUACGCUCAAGGAAGCCAUUUAUGGAUUCUUGCCGGGACCAUGGGUUUUGCAUGGAUUAUGAAUUUCAUAUUUCUUCUGGGAAUUGUUAUUAUUCUCGUGCAAAAACUUCGAACGGAGAACUCAGCCGAAUCUAAGAAGAUA